AUGUUUCGAUUUAAAUUUAAUAAUAACAAUAUAAAUAGAUUAAUUAAUAAUGUAACAGUUGAUAGUGUACAAUCUUUUAUUGCUAGACAUCGUCAACUGUCCAAUUUUAAGAGAAACUAUUCAGUUGCAGCUACAUCUGAUGUCACAGAUUCACAACCACAACAACAAUUGUCAAGUAAAGCAUUAGAACAUAAAAGAACAAGAGAUCAAGUAGUUACCGCAUUCUCAAACCAACUAAGAUUAUCGAUUAUUAAUCUGACAAAAGCAGCCAAUGUCGGAAAGACAAAGCAUGGUUUGAAUAGCACAGAGACAAUGCAAUUAGGCAAGAUGAUGUCAGGUGUGUCGUUGUGUGCCUCUUUUCUCAGUGAUGAAGAGCGUAUCAGUGCUCAGAUCAAGUGUGGCAAUCGUAAUCCACAGUAUCUCUAUGCCGAAGCUAUUCAAGUCGGUGAAGUACGUGGCUAUCUCGUUAAUAACGAAUCGAUUGCGGAACAAGAGAAAGACUAUCGCUAUCGUAAAGAGAAUCCACCAGUCGGACUGUUUCAAUUCAAUAAGAUCCUAUACGGUCAGAGCAAACCUGUCGAGAGCACAGUUGAACUUGAAGAUUUCACCAUCACCACUGAAUUCCAACGAUAUUUUAGCUUGUCUGAACAAGUACCGACCGUUAUAUCAUUGGAGCAUGAACAUGACUCUGACGGUACAGUAACAUUCAACGGUGGUAUACUUGUACAAUCGUUACCUACCACACCAGACUCAACUAUGCAAGCCGUACAAGAAAGAGUUAAACUCUUUAAAAUCGAUACACUACUGAACAAAGAAAAGAAAUCAUUAGAAGAGAUACUUAAGCUGAUAGCUCCACAUCCAAUAGAGAUUAUAGGUAGUACUUUUGUUGACUUCUUUUGCAGAUGUAGUUUAAAGUCAUUUAAGAGUAGAUUAAUAACAUUAGGAUUAGAUGAGAUCAAAUACUUGAAACAACAUAAUCAUGAUACUCUAAAUUGUAACUACUGUAAUAAGAAGUAUGUUUUACAGAGUCAAGAUUUCGAUGAUAUGAUUAAAUCAAUAGAAACAUCACCUGCUUCAACAACAACAACAACAACACCAAACAAUCAAAACAAUAAAGAUUAA